ACUAAACGAUAUCAUAACCGCCAUGGUAUCCUAGAGUUCAUCAGUCUGGCUGUAGGGCUGGUCAGUAUUAGAGGAGUGGAUGCAGGACUCUACCUGGGCAUGAACGAGAGAGGAGAGCUCUAUGGGUCGAAGAAGUUAACAGCAGAGUGUGUGUUGAGAGAGCAGUUUGAGGAGAAUUGGUACAACACAUACGCCUCUACGCUCUACAAACACACCGACACCGGGCGCUUCUACUACGUAGCGCUCAACAAGGACGGCUCGCCACGGGAGGGGGGGAGGACUAAGAAACACCAGAAACUAACGCACUUCCUGCCUCGGCCUGUGGAGAUAGAGAAGAUCCCCCAGGCUUACAGAGAUCUGUUCCAAUACAGGUGA